ACUGACUUGGUUAAUAUGCACAUACUGCAAGCCUCCACUUCAGAGAGGUCCAUUUCAACUGCUCAGAUGAAGCUGAAAAGAGCCCGACUUGCAGAUGAUCUCAAUGAAAAAAUUGCUCUGCGGCCAGGGCCACUAGAGCUGGUAGAGAAGAACAUACUGCCCAUUGACUCUGCUGUGAAAGAGGCCAUAAAAGGUAACCAGGUGAAUUUUUCCAAGCCUUCAGAUGCAUUUGCCUUUGAAGAAGACAGCAGUGAUGGGAUUUUUCCAGAUCAGACUCCAAGUGAAGAACCCCAGAGAUCAAGGGAAUCUUCUUCAAAUACUAAGGACACCGCAGCUCUCUUGGGGGCACCUCUGGGGACAAACCAGGCUCUUAUUCCAGACUCAGAAAGUGAAAGGAAUGAUGCAUCCUCAGAGUCCAACAAUCAGUCAGACACAGGGAAGCAGGAUCUGGCUCUCCUAAGUACUCACAUUCCUGUGCAUGCUGUUGUAAAGUCCAAGAUCUUGGGAGACAGUAAGAAUCGCCACAAAAAACCCAAAGACCCCAAGCCAAAGGUUAAGAAACUUAAAUAUCAUCAGUACAUUCCACCAGAUCAGAAAGCAGAGAAGUCCCCUCCGCCUAUGGACUCCGCCUAUGCCCGACUACUUCAACAACAGCAGUUAUUUCUGCAGCUCCAGAUCCUCAGCCAGCAGCAGCAACAGCAACGGUUCAACUACUCUGGAAUUCACCAAACUCAACUCAAGGAACCAAAUGAACAGAUGGUCAGAAAUCCACAUUCUUCUUCAGCACCUCUGAGUACCACCACUUUGUCUCCUGUCAAAAAUAGUUUUUCUGGACAAACUGGUGUCUCUCCUCUCAAACCAGGACCACUCCCAACAAACCUAGAUGAUCUGAAGGUCUCUGAAUUAAGACAGCAACUUAGAAUACGAGGUUUGCCAGUAUCAGGCACCAAAACAGCGCUCAUGGACCGACUCAGGCCUUUUCAGGACUGUUCUGAAAACCACGUGCCAAAGUUCGGAGAUAUAACGACUGUCACUUUUCCUAUUACACCCAACAAUGCAUCUUCCAAUUACCAGUCUUCCUCUACUAUCAGUGCCUUAUCCAACAGCUUCUAUCACUUUGGCAGUACUAGCUCUAGUCCUCCCAUCUCACCAGCCUCAUCUGAUUUGUCAGUGACUGGUUCCCUGCCUGAUACUUUCAAUGAUACAUCCCCUUCUUUUGGCCUUCACUCAUCUCCGGUGCAUGCCUGUGCUGAGGACAGCCUCAUGAGCAGCCUGAAUGGGGGUUGCAUACAUUCUGAAUUGGAUGGGCUUGACUCUGAGAAAGACAAGAUGCUUGUGGAGAAGCAGAAGGUAAUAAAUGAACUCACCUGGAAACUCCAGCAAGAACAGAGACAAGUAGAGGAGCUGAGGAUGCAGCUUCAGAAGCAUAAAAGGAAUACCUGUUCUGAGAAGAAACCAUUGUCUUUCUUCUCUUCUCCCAUCAAACAGGAAGAUACCGUCUCCAGCUGUCCUUUCACAUCCCAACAAAUAUCUGUGAAAAGACAAAGUGAUGGGCCAGAGGCCCAACCUUCCAUUUGUGACGCUGCUCAACUCCUACCCCUUGGGAACACUCAUUUUGUGGAAUCCUCAGGUCAAACCAAUGUACUUUCUUCCACGUUUCUCAGCCCACAGUGCUCCCCCCAGCAUUCACCACUUCAGACUGUAAAAAGCCCUCAGCAUAUCAGUUUGCCCCCUUCACCAAACAAUCACUAUUUUCUGCCCUUAUCUUCAGGAGCUCAAGGAGAAGAUCAGAGAGUAUCCUCGCCUGUCAGAAGCCAGGUAUGUAUUGCACAGAAUUUGGGGACACAUGAGAACCAUCCUCCAGACCUCUCUCCCCAGCCCCCUAAUCUCAACUCCCCCUUUUCUGGAGUCCAAGCAGAUAGUAGUCAUUGUUCUGGGGGAAAUCCUUGUCCUAAAAGCCCAGGUGUAUCACAAAAGAUUACCGGUUUACACACUUCUGAUAAGAUAGGGAAAAUGUUUUCAAUUCCAUCUCCAACAUUUUCAAAGUCAACUUCAACAAUUCCAGAGGCAUCACAACCUCCAUCCUAUGAAGAUGCAGUAAAGCAGCAAAUGACUCGAAGUCAGCAGAUGGAUGAACUCCUGGAUGUCCUCAUUGAAAGUGGAGAAUUGCCAGCUGAUGUCAAAGAGGACCAUUUAUGUCUUCAAAAAGCUACAAAGAUACCUGGAACUUCCCAGAGUCCUAAUGCUGACCUCCCUAAAUCCUUAGCUUCUUUUGAACCUGCAGUAUUGCACCUUUCAUUAGAUAAAUAUGGCACUGACAAUGACGAAGUUAUAGUAAGUUCCCAGAGCCCCUUAGAAAAGGUGAGUGAUGUCACCUUUCUGAAAAUUGGGAGUGAGGAGCCUUCUUUUGAUGGAGUAAUGGUCGGAUUCUCUGGAAAGGCUGCAGAAGACCUCUUCAAUACACAGGAGAUCUUGCCUGUUCCUCUCUCUCCCAUCCAGACUCAGUUUUCACCCUCUUCUGUGGACAGCAAUGGGCUUCCGCUAAGCUUCACCGAAUCUCCUUGGGAAACCAUGGAGUGGCUGGACCUCACCCCACCAAGUUCCACACCAGGAUUCAGUUCCCUCCCCACCAGUGGGCCAAGUAUCUUUAACAUUGAUUUCCAGGACGUCACAGAUCUCAAUUUGAAUUCCCCCAUGGAUCUUCACUUACAGCAGUGGUAGAAUGUCUGAUGCAAUAGUGCUAAGGAAGACCAAUAAGAAUUCUAAAGAGGAAAGCACAUAAUCAUAAAUACUUACAUCAUCCAGAAAGAAGGAAAAACAAGUAAAAGGAAGAGGAGAAA